AUGAUUUUUUCAUAUCUUCAUCUUCUAUUAUUAUUAUUUACUUUUAUCAAUGCAAAUGAAGAAUAUCAUAUUGGUAUUGUAAAUCAUAAUACUAAAUGGCAUAUUCAUUGUCCACAAAAUACUCGAAUAAUUAAUCCUCCCAUUGAUGAUCAACCAUUAGUACCGUAUCAAUGUCCGUAUCCAUCAUUAUCAUUCGAUAUUCUGCCGGUUGAUGUUGAUUUUACAUUUAUUUGUCGUUUAAAAUCGCGUUUAGUAUGGAUUAUGAUUGAUUUAUAUCAAUAUAAUCUAUGGCUAUGGACAAUUAAUAUUCAACAAUUGAAUAUUUCGAUAAAACUCAAUGAAAAAAUUCAAAUAAAAGAUUAUAAAUCAGAAAUAAUGAACCAUACAAAUCGUUUUAUUAUAAUCAAUGCGUUUUAUAUUCCAUUUGAAUCACUUGAAUUUGUGUCGAACGAAAAAGUUGAAAUUUUAAUUGAAAUUAAUCAAUGUUUGUUUUAUAUCAAUGAAAAUUUAUUGUGGAGUGAUAUUAUUCAUGAUAAUUGUAAUUCAAUCGAAUCGAAAACUCUUUAUAUUCAGUCAAGCUAUUGUAAUUUUUUUCCAAAAUCAAUACCAAUUGAGCCGAAUCAUCAAGUUCAGAUAGAAAUUUUUGAUGAUAAUAUAACUCCUAUACCUGAUUUUAAUGCUGUUUUAUCUAUUGAUCAACAUCAAUCCAUUCAAUCAACAAAAGAAUUUAAUAAUUAUCAUCUAUUAAUGGAAGAACAUUAUAAUAAAUUUUUAUCAGCUUUAAUAAUUAUAACAAAAACUUCGAAUUUAAUAACAUAUAUUUUAAUUUUUAUAAUAGCUAUUUUAAUUUUAUUAAUUUUAUUUUUCAUUUGCACACUUUGUUAUCAUUAUCAUACUCGUAUAAUUCGAAAAUCUAUGACUUCAAUUUAA